AUGUAUUGCAUGUUUCCUUGUGACUUAUUUUAUGUUAGGGUUACAUAAUCAUUUGUCACUUAGGAGUAUAAAGUAAGAUGGUUUUUACUUUUCACCCGGGGUUCUUCAAAUUGAUGAUGAAUCGUAAAAGAAAAGGAGUACAGAAUGAAAAUUAGGAGACGAAGCAGAGUUGGUGAGCCGAGGCAAGAAUGAAAGUGAAAGAAAAAAGAGAUAUUCUGAAAGACGUUACUCAGUUAAUGUGUCUAUAUUGACUCAAACUCCUCAACUAUGCCAAGAGUCCCUUCCCAUCUCUCACUUCUUCACACAUUAAAGCUCCAAAACCUGUCUGAUUCUCCACAUUUUCCUGCUGCUCUGUUUACAUUUCAAUACCAACUUUUACUUGGUUUUUAGAAUUUCACCAGCUUCUGGCCAUUUGAGGAUUACAACACUUGGAUCCCUAUCAGAUGUUGAUAUGAGAGGUGCAAUAAUGGGUGCUUCUCCACAUGCCAUUGAAGCUAGGCACCGCUUCUCUGCUUCCAUUGAAGACUUGUACAAACGAAGAUUGCGAAGAAGUAAACUCAAAGAUGAACUAGAGAAGCCAUUCCACUUGCACAUACAAGACAGGAGCUCAAGAUGCAAGUUCUCUUUCUUGAAGCUCAUCCUGUUACUAAUCAUUUGUGGAACUUUUGAAACGCUCAUCUACUCUCCGGAGCUUUACAAUGCCAACAACUUAUCCAGCUCUAGCUCUCGGUGGAUAUGGGGUAGUUCAGAUUCUCGGUACAUUUCAAAUCUAGAAAUCGACUGGGAUAACGUAUUGAAAAUUACUGGGAAGUUGAUCAAGAAAGAUGAAUUUCAAGGGAUUGGCCUUCUAAACUUCAAUAAGACUGAACUGGACCAGUGGGAGAAGCAAUUUCCUGAUGCCACCCACCAUGUAUUGCACCUGGACUAUGCUGCAAGAAAUGUGACAUGGGAGUCCCUCUACCCAGAAUGGAUUGAUGAGGAAGAAGAAACUGAAGUUCCAGUUUGCCCUUCUCUACCAAGUCUCCGAUCUCCGGGAACAAGGCUUAAUCUUAUAGCAGUGAAGCUUCCUUUCAGGAAUGGAGGGAACUGGUCUAGAGAUGUUGCUAGGUUACACCUACAGCUGGCAGCCGCUGGUCUUGCAGCCUCUUUCAAAGGCAAUUACUCUGUACAUGUCCUUUUCAUUACCAAUAGCUUUCCAAUUCCAAAUCUGUUUACAUGCAAAGAACUUGUUGGACAUGAAGGGAAUGCUUGGUUAUACAGACCAAAUCUAAGUGUUCUGAGACAAAAAGUCCAGCUCCCUGUAGGAUCCUGUGAACUUGCACUUCCGAUGAGAGGAAAAGAGCUGGUUUACACGGGAAAUGUCCACAGAGAAGCCUAUGCAACAAUUCUUCACUCAGCUCAUGUUUACGUGUGUGGAGCUAUUUCUGCUGCACAAAGCAUUCGCAUGUCGGGAUCAGCUCGAGAUCUCGUCAUCCUUGUGGACGACACAAUCAGCGGCUACCACAGAUGUGGUUUGGAAGCAGCAGGGUGGAAAGUAAGAACAAUCCAGAGAAUCAGAAACCCAAAAGCUGAAAAAGAUGCUUACAAUGAAUGGAACUACAGCAAGUUCAGAUUAUGGCGGCUCACAGAUUACGACAAGAUCAUAUUCAUCGAUGCAGACUUGCUUAUUCUAAGAAACCUAGAUUUCUUAUUUGGAAUGCCACAAAUUACAGCCACCGGAAACAAUGCCACACUCUUCAACUCAGGCGUCAUGGUCAUUGACCCAUCCAACUGCACAUUCCAAUUUCUAAUGGAUCAUAUCAACGAGAUCGAGUCCUACGAUGGCGGUGACCAAGGAUAUUUAAACGAAAUAUUCACGUGGUAGCACAGAAUUCCAAGACACAUGAACUUCCUGAAGCAUUUCUGGGUCGGUGAUGAGGAAGAGAAGAAGCAAAUGAAAACCAGACUAUUUGGUGCAGAGCCUCCAAUCCUAUACGUGCUUCAGUACUUAGGUAUGAAGCCAUGGCUGUGCUUUCGUGACUACGAUUGUAACUGGAACGUUGAUAUAUUUCACGAGUUUGCGAGUGAUAUCGCGCACCAGAGAUGGUGGAAGGUUCAUGAUGCAAUGCCUGAAGCAUUGCAGCAGUUUUACGUGCUGAAGUCGAAGCAGAAGGCACAGUUGGAGUGGGAUCGAAGGCAAGCAGAGACAGCAAACUACACAGACGGGCAUUGGAGAAUUAAGGUUAAAGAUGGACGCUUGAAGAAAUGCAUAGAUAAUCUGUGCUCUUGGAAAAACAUGUUACGACACUGGGGAGAGACCAAUUGGACCGACGAUGAAUCUUAUACCUCAACCCCCCCUGCUAUCACCACACUGCCUCUUACUGCUUUAUGAUUUGUUCUCUAUUGUUAGGAAAAUGGGAUGAAGGACAUUUCCUCCUUCGAUGUUUAUGCAUUAAAAUGAUCGAUUCAUAUUGAGAGGACUUUCUCAGAGAUAAGGAAAAAAUAAUUGGUUCUCCCAAGUGAUCCUCGAGUUUGUCCUGUGUGUUUUUGCUAUCUGCUAUAGGUACAAGUGAAGGACUUCGGAUGUUGACUCUUCAAAACUUGACAAGAGGAAAAGGCAAGAAAAUAAUGAAUGGGACUAUUAAGUUUUGAGUGAAAAUACAACUUUUUCAUUCCAAAUGAUACUUCCUGCUAUCACCUCUCGGAAGAUUCCGUGAUCCAGCCUUUCAUGGCUGGAUUGCCUGGAGAUGUACAUUAUAUAGCAAUACGAAAUUAAUUUAUAAAAAAUUUUGUGUCCUCACAGCAAUAUGAGUCAGCCUGCGAGUUGUGAGCUAACUCACGACAGGCUACGGAUUAGUACAACCUGUAUUUUGUCCGGUUGUAUUUCUGUUAACUUGUCAAACUGCAACGGGCUGGUUAAUAAAUUAGCUAACGUGGGGUAUUGAAGACUUGGUAUUGGCGGGUUGCAUUUUCUGCCCUCCUGGGAAUUAGUUAACGAGGGAGCCAAAACUCUAACGGUGUUAUUGACCAUGGAAGCUUCAACCACAAGGUGUCAGAGAACACGUGGCCGACUUCCAAUAAACCAAGUAAUAAAAAUAUUAGUAGUGAUGAGCUGCAGAGAGAUCCUGCGCAAUGCAUGCAGGGUGACUCAGAAGCGGAUAGAUAAUCUCUGCCAGGGUGACUCAGAUAUGUUUGCUAUCGUGCGCGACACGCCGAUGGAUCACAAUGGAUCAGUAUCCAAAUUGAACCUCAAUUAGUCUAUUUGGAACAAGUGAUAAUAUUGGAUUUGUAUUGCCUGGCUAUUAGGCAAUAAAAGUUAACCUGCUCUGUUUUACCUGCAAUCAUGAUACGAUCUGUACGCGGGGCUUCAUGCAUUAUAUGAAAUAAAAGGAACCUUUUUGAGCUUUUGAUAUCAAUCUAUUAUAUUGAGUCGCCCGCUGCACGGUGCUAGAAUAAAGGUCACAAGAUUUUGAGGAUAGUAAAAAAAAAAAAAAAUCAAAGAAGGCAGAGAAAGAAAAAAGAAAAGCUAAGAAGAAAAGCUAAGUCAUCUCAAUGCC